GACAGACAAACUAAAAAAGCUUGUCAAUCAAGUAACAUCUUUGCCAAAGGAGAUAAAUGACACAAAGGAAAAAAUCAACGAAGAUAAAAACCGCGAGAACAGAAAACCUUUAAGAAACGAAUCUCAAUUGGGAAAUGAAUUCCAAGCUGCGAAUAAAACGAUGCCCCUAAAAAACACAUCCGAGAAAUUAAAGAUAACAAACGAAAAUGCAACAUCGAACUUAAAAGUUGGAAUUUCUUUCUUAGGUAGGAAAAUUAAGUCGAAUCGUGAUCGUCUAAAGGAGAGGAAUCGGACUUUGCAAUCAUCCACUAAAAUCAAAGGCUCUCCACUACACAGGCGACAUCCACUACCUGAUAAAAUACAAUUUCCAAGUUCAAAUAAGUUGCCAAAACAGGGUUCAAACUCACAUUUACUUGGUCUCGCUAAAGGACACCAUAGCAGACAAGCAAAGGCGAAAUUUCAUCCCCGUAAAGAGCCUUUGGAAUCGAAUAGUCAUAAAUCACAAAAAUUCAAAACAGUGCAACAGAAAGCGAGUUCCUUUGGAUUAAAGUUGAGGAAAGAAGUUUCACCAUCGAAAACCACAGGAAGAGAACAGCAAAAGAAGCCCACGUUCAGGUAUUCACGCCUUGAUAUAAAAAAAAGAAUAUUCGAUUUUUUAAAGGCGCUAAAAGUGCUUGCUCGAGUAAAAGCGCUUGGAGAAGAAAAGGAAAAAACAAACCAGGUGAUGGACAAACUAAUAAGUACAAAGAAUGGCAACGCAGACGACAAGAGUGCGUCUUCAGGUACACAGAUUCAAUUAACGAGUAUUAAAAUGCCUAAAGAUAACAUGAAAACUUCGAAGCAACAGAGGCAACUAAAGAAUACUACUCGUUUAAAGAAUCUUUUGGAAGGUAACAGUAGAGAUGACAAUGAUAAAGCGCUCAAACUAACUGAAAAUGCAAAAAUUGGUAGCGGGAAGAAACCCCAAUUAAACGAAAAGGAACCGAGGAUAAAGAAAUUUUCUGGAGAAAAGAAACAGGAAUUAAAUGCAAAAGAAAAUUUUAAAGAGUCUGCUUCCGCAAAGGGAAGCGGAGGGGCAAAACAUCAAGAAUCAAAGCCUUCCAAUCCUCAGAAAAGUGGUCAGAGUCAAUCUCCCUCUGCAGGACAAAAGAAUCCUAAACCUACCCCACAAGGGAAUAAGUCACCUGCUCCACCAGCUACUCAAACUGCUCUUCCUAAUAAGAUGCAAAGUAAUGCAAAUCCUUCUCAGCUGAUGUCAUCUUCUACGUCAGCCUCAACUCCUAAUAAGGCGCAGACCAAUCAGAUGCAGCAGCCAAUGUCAACUUCAUAUAGUUACCAAAAUCUACCAAUGGGGUCGGCUUCAACAUCGAUGGGAUCUCCUCUCAAAAUAUCUAGCAAUCCACAAUCUGGAUACGGUAGCGCUCCGACAAAUAUUUUCUCGGGUACAGCCGGCACUACUGGGUAUAACCAGGGUUCUACGGGAUAUCAACCAGCAUCUACCGGGUAUAGUCAAGCUUCAACCGGAUAUCAGCCAGCAUAUACCAGUUAUACUCCUGGGUAUACCCAAGGGUCUACCGGGUAUAUCCAAGCAAGUACAGGGAAUAGCCAUGGGUCUACCAGGUAUAGCCAAGCAAGUACCGGGUAUAACCAAGCAAAUAUCGGGUAUACUGGGUAUAGCCAAGCAAGUACCGGGUAUGACCAAGCAAAUACCGGGUAUACUGGGAAUAGCCAAGCAAAUACCGGGUAUAGCCAGCCUGCCGGGUAUAGCUAUCAAGAUUCAAGUCCAUCCAGUCCCGGCAUAAGCUUUGAGUCCUCGGAUCCUGCUCACACAAUGUACAUUUACAACACUUACGAAAUUGUACCAUCCUCUAGUAACAAUGAUGCAUCUUCAAUGUCAAAUAUGGAAGAUGAUCCUAUGACAAUGGAUAAUGAUGACACUGGAAACAUUUCUCCGCAGUCAGGAUCCAUAGUUGAGGCGUCAAAUACAAAUCAAUCAGGAUAUGAGAAUUCAGAGCCUCAAGCUUCUACUCCCUCUCAUAAAGUGGAAACUGAGGAUGCCAAAUCUGACGGGCUGGGAUCUGAUUACGAAAAUAUGGUACGAAACAAGAACCAAGGAGGAACUCAGCAACCAUCAAGUAAAGCUCCUGAAACUGGUUCUCAGAAUGAAGACCAUGGAAAAGGAACGAGUGCUCUUACAGAAUCUGUCAGGCCACAAUCAAGUAACGAAGAUAUGGAAAGACCUGAGCAGCCAUCAAAUAAAGCGACAGAAACUGCCACUCAAAUUGAAGACAAUGGAAAAGGAACGAAUGCUCCCAGCGCAGCUACCAUCCAAGACAACCAAAGCAAGGUUGAUGCUCGUUUUUCUCGUCAAAACCCUUUCGACAUUAGAAGCCUGAUGCAGCUCAGUGAAGAAAACAUCGAAGAUGUUCUCAAAGCUCUGGACCAAAUGGCGAUACGAAAGGGCCUUAAAUUAACACCAUUGACUCCUGACGAUGCCGAUGAGUCGUCUCUUCUACACGACACCAAAAUAGUCCCUAGUGCACUUGCAAGUUAUAUAAAUAGUCCUAAAAGUGUGCAUGACCAAGGUAGUGUACCCGCUGACCAGUUACAAAUGGUAGAAAGACAGUCUCCAUACAAAUCUACUGAAAACUAUUACGCAAGAAAGGACCCAAAUUUGGAGGACGAUCUUUUUUAUCCAAAUGGUGACACUUAUAAUCUGCCUCAAGAUUACCGGAACUAUUUGGUUUCAAACCAAGAUCAAAAGCUGAAGGAUUACAAUGUUCAAGGCUUAUUCUCGAAAUAUCUCAAAUCUCAACCAACUGCUCGAGUACCUCAUAAUAUUCAAAAUAUCGAAGGGGAUUUGCAAGAGGCAGACUUGGCUGAAAAUAGCGAUGACCACAUAUUUUUUAUGGAUCCCAUGAAAUCAAAACAGUUGCCAGGAAAUAAGAUAAGUUAUCAGAAUCCCAGCAACUUUUUAAGCUUUGGGGAUAACAAUCCACCACAGGCAAACUUAAAGUGGUUUCCAAGCGGAGUUUUGAGUGACAACACGGACGGAAGUGACAACCCGAGCAAGGAAACAAGUCUCAAAUCGGGCUCCGGUUUCGUGAGCAAAAACACCGCGCCAAAACCUCAGUCACCUUUUAAAUCUAAACUACAUGCCAAGCAGAAUUUUUUCCUUGCUCCACAAAACACAAAGUCUAGUGACAGAUAUAAAGACUUGGAGCCGAUAGAGCUGAAGAAUCCUUACGGGACUGAGUAUUCAGGUACCGAUGAAGAUAAAACUGGGAAAGUGGCUUCUUUGAAUGGAAAUGGCGCCCAGAGUGAAGACAGGACUUAUCCGGAUGAAACAAUCUUUUCAAAGGAACAGGAAGAAAUCAAGAAUAAUUACAACAAUGGAAAAUGGAGUUCAUUGUUGAAAGUUAUUCCAAAUCUGCACAAAAUGGAAAAUGUGAAAACUAAGGCACAUGGUUUAGGGGCUACGAAGUCUUCGAGUAAUAUUGAGAGGUUCUUAAAGGAAGAACCAAAAGAUCAUUUCAAAGCGUUGAAUGCCCUGCAAUCAUCGUUUGAUAACCCACAAAGCAAAAAAAAUGGCGACUCGUACUUUUCCGCAGCUUCUCUACAGAAACUUCUAGAAGACACAGACGAAGGAAUUGAACAGAAAAUAGUGAGUCUUACUGGAAAGACGAGAGAAAAUGUAUGGGUCGUAAUGCCAACGAUUUCGUCCGCCAUGAAUUACGCUAUGGAAGUGAAUGAUAGGAUACAAGCUACUCCAAGGUCAUCUCCCACACAUGGACCAACAUACAAGCACUAUAAGGAAAGAUUAGGUUUCUAUGGCAACAUUGAUGUCGAUACCAAAACUAAAUGCGCAGCUAUUGGCAAAACAGNUUUUCAAGAUUCCAGUUGUCCACGUGGUUGGGUAUCUCACGUCGAGUUUUGUUACGGCUUUUUUGACUUCCCAAAAUCCCGUUGGAUGGCUUUCCCGCCAAAAUGUGCUACCCAUAAUGCAAUGCUUGCAAUGCCAAAGACCGAAGAAGAACUCGGGUUUAUCACGGCUCACCUUCGAGAUCGAGAGACUUUGGACACGCCAUAUCAUAUUGGGUUAAAAAGGAAGAAAGAUACGUGGAAUUGGGUGGACAGUAAUCCAUUCAAUAUGGUUUCAAACUUCAAUGACCUGGAUGUCGCGGCGAUUGGAGACUUGAAUUGCGGGAUGAUUGAGAAGGGUCAUAUCAAAGCAACCAAAUGCGAUAAAGCGAGGUCUUAUGUCUGCGAAAUAAAAAGAGGAAUGGAAGCGGUGCGUAUUCUAGCGUUUGGAGACAGUCUGACACGAGGUUACUAUGGAGGAGGAAAAGAGUACCAUCCCUACACAGAGAAACUCGAGUAUCUUCUCAACACAGACUCGCAUAAAUGCUUCGUGGUUGAUAACCAAGGUAAAGACAAGGAAAUGGCUGUCGAUAUGACGAGACGACUCGAUCAAUAUCUGCGAAAAGCCUCUACUUGGUACAAAUGGGUGAUCAUCUUAGCGGGUACUAAUGACAUUGUCCACGACACUCGACCUCCAACCGAGGCGAACUGGGACCGAGUGGUCCAUGACAUCAUCAUGGCUCACCAAACAGCACACAAACACGGCUUUAACAGCAUCGUUGUCACCAUCCCCGAGAUUGAUUGCGAGCACAGUAACAAGCCACAGUGCCAAAGAAUCCAUAUGGAAAGACUGUAUGUGAACCAGAGAUUGAGGCAUUACGCGAGAGAGACUGGUGCAGCUAUAUUGAGCGACUUGGCUGGGCUGUUGCCAAGGUCGUCCUUAGCAACCGAGAAACAGAUGUUUUACUGGGAAGAGGGUUUGCAUAUGAAACCACAAGGAUAUGAUAGGAUGGCAGAAAUUAUAUAUGAAGAUAUAUUACGAAACUUUUGAUGGACAUGAAACGUUCCUUGAUAUAAUGUCACACACUGGCCUAUUGUACGGAACUGUGACGACGACAUCACCGCUUGACCAAUCAGAAUGCUCCCACAAGACACCGUCACAUUUCUCACCAUUGCAAAGGAUAAAAAGUUGAUUAACUACUUAGUAUUGAAGUUUUUUUUAAACAUCUGACAUUCAGUGAACAGUUCAAAACACAUAUAUGUUCAGCAUGGUUUAAAUAAGAGUUAAAUUUAUCAAUGAAUUAUUUUCCAAUAAUGAGCUAAAAAGACAUGGCCACGUGACUUGCGUACAUGUGACGUAGUAAGAUUUGUAAUAAGCCUUUAUAGAUUAUAUUUUUUUGUUUUCAAAAAGUAACAUAUAACGACGUAGAUUUGCAUUAAAAAUUCUACAGAUUAGUUUUUAAAUACUUUAUUACCUUUAUUGUAUAACACAAUUCUACAGAUUUUAUUUUACUUAAUUAAAAUCAAGUUUGAUAUGAA